GUUGCAUUAUGAGGUUAAGUUAAAGGAUUAAAAUAUAAACAGACUGACUAUCGCAAAGCUUCCUACUCAAUUCGGAUUAAUUAAAUUACCAAUGGUAUACGUAAAAACCACUAAUCAAGUACAAAAAUAAUGUUAUUCAAAUAUUUCCUUCUGCUUCUAUCAGCAAAUUUAUCAAAAUGUAUAACAGAAGAGGACCAAGGGGUUAUAUAUGCGAAUAGAUGUGAAGUAUGUAAAAUAUUGACGGUCGAAUUGCAAAACCGCCUUGAGGAGACCGGCAAGAGCCAUGAUGUAAUUGAAACGGGUUACUCAGUAGAUGACAUUAAACCAAAGAAAAAGAAACAGUACAAAAAAUCUGAGCUUCGCUUGAUAGAAACCCUCGAUGGCUUAUGCAAUAAAAUUUUAGAAUAUAAUAUUCACAAAGAGAGAACAGACAGUACAAGGUUUGCGAAAGGGAUGAGCCAAACUUUCCAAACUCUACAUGGCUUGGUAGAUAAAGGUGUCAAAGUAGAACUCGGGAUUCCAUACGAGUUAUGGGAUAAACCCAGUGUUGAAGUUACCAACAUGAAAACCCAGUGUGAAACCCUUUUGGAAGAAAAUGAGGCCACUAUAGAAGAAUGGUACUUUCAGCACGAGGAAGGUGGUGAGUCUUUAAAGACUUUUUUGUGCGAGAAGAAAGUACUUAAAGGGAAAGAUACUUCAUGUUUAAAUGAGCAGUUAAAAGGUGAAACUGGAGGUGAUGAUUUGAAGAAUCAACCUAAGGAGGAACUUUGAUUAUAGAUCUCUUUUUUUUUAUUACUUUUGCCAUAUUGUUUCUCAGUAAGAAUAAAUUAAGCUUAAAAACCUCUA